AUGUACUGCCUGCGCAGCUACAUCCCCCUCCUCCUGCUUCCCCUCCCGCUCUCGCUCUCUCCCCUCCACCUAACCCUCCUUCUCCUAACAACAUACUUCCUCAACCGGCCCUGCAUCUACUGCUCCUUCCUGCUCCUCAUCCUCUUCGCCUCCUCCUGCCACUGGAGCGGACGGUGUUUUGUCGAUUUCUCCUCUUCUGAAGGAGGGUAUGGCUAUGCCGAGUGGUUUACUCCAAGGCUAUACACCAUACGCUCCAAAGAAAGCGGCCUGAGCAGCGGGAGCACCAACAUCAGCGGAAACGGGGAUGGAAUGAGUGAUCCAGGGGUAGCAGACUUCCUAAACACAACCAUCAACCAUACGAUAUCUGCCUUAGCGGGCGCGGCUUUCGAGGAGGCGAGGAAGAGGUUAGCGCCUGGUUCCGUGCUGUCUUCCUCCAACGGUGAUGGUAGUGGAGGGCUGUCUGAAAGCGCUGGGAUAGGACUGGGUUGGUUGAGGAGUCUACUGGGAAGGAGCGAGUGGACACUUCCUUGUGUGGAUAUCAAGGUCAGGUUAUGA